AUGGCUCUCGCUGAGCGGGACAGUAAGGCCCAGCGCAGUGGCGUCGCAAACUCUUAUAACGUCCAGAGAAAUGGUACAUCUGAAAAGCAUGGAAUUCGAUGGGCCCCUCUUAACAUCGGUCUCGAAAGACGGCUACAGACCUUCGUUGUUCUCUACCAUACAUUGACAAUGGCCAUAUGCCUGACACUAUUCUUCUUCGUUUGUGCAAUGCCCUUAUUCUGGCCUCUGCUUGUUCCCUACCUCGUCUAUAUUCUCUUCUCCAACGCGGCGACAUCCGGAACAUUACGACGCAGACAAUGGCUUCGCGGCUCCCGAGCCUGGAAAUUAUACGCUUCCUACUUUCCCGCUAAAUUGCAUCGUACAGCAGAACUACCAAACACUCGAAAAUAUAUCUUCGGAUAUCAUCCACAUGGAAUUAUUUCUCACGGCGCUUUUGGCGCCUUUGCUACGGAAGCCCUCGGCUUCUCGAAGUUGUUCCCGGGGAUCACGAAUACCCUGCUCACUUUGGACUCUAAUUUUAGAAUACCAUUUUACAGGGAAUAUGCCAUGGGUAUGGGACUGGCCAGUGUGUCGCGCGAAUCAUGCGAGAACCUAUUGACCAAAGGCGGCACUAAUGGGGAAGGAAUGGGGCGAGCAAUCACAAUUGUCGUCGGGGGUGCGCGCGAAUCACUCGAUGCGCAACCGGGCAGUAUUCGACUCAUUCUCAACAGUCGCAAGGGCUUCGUAAAGUUAGCUGCGCGUACGGGGGCUGAUCUGGUCCCGGUUCUCGGGUUCGGUGAGAACGAUUUGUACGAACAAGUCGACUCGGAACAGCAUCCAUUUAUACAUAAGAUUCAGAUGCUGAUCAAGAAGUUCAUGGGCUUUACCGUACCACUGUUUCAUGCGCGAGGUGUUUUCAAUUACGAUGUUGGCCUAAUGCCAUAUCGGAGACCGCUCAAUGUCGUUGUUGGAAGACCCAUUGAAGUAAUCAGGCAGCGCCAUCAGGACAAGGUUGAUGAGGAUUACAUCAACGAAUUACAUGGUAGAUAUGUUCAGGAGUUGAACCGGCUGUGGGAUGAGUGGAAGGAUGUGUAUGCAACGAACCGCACCUCUGAACUUGAGAUCGUUGCAUGA